CUUUUGUCAUUUCAUCUGUAGUGAAUAAUCUUUUAUUGGGCAGUGUUUUUUUAUGGACAACAUCAGGGGUCGUGACAGAAAUAUUGUGUGAUCCCGGCGGCCUUGUUCUGUUUUAAUAGGUCUUCUUGAUAGCUAUUAUAAAGAUUUGCAAAUCUUCGCAUAUUUCAACGACGUUUUGCAAAUUCCGAUUCCUUAUCAUCACUAUGUUGUAGGGGACUCUCAGUCUCGACAUGCCUCUUGUGGAGGCAACGCUACUCUCUCCUUGUCGAAUUUUUCCAAGUACCCUCAGUUUUGCGGACCUGCUUACGAUACCGACAUUGGCGGUACCAGGCUUGCGGGACUUGGGCGUAACGAAUACUUGUAAAUCCAAGGGGAGAUUGCAAGAUGGAUAAUUUGAUUGGGCUUGUGAAUAGGAUUCAGAGGGCUUGCACUGCCCUCGGUGACCAUGGAGGCGAAGGUGCAGUUGCAAGUCUCUGGGAGGCCUUGCCUUCGGUUGCUGUCGUUGGUGGGCAGAGUUCGGGAAAGUCUUCAGUGCUGGAAAGUAUCGUUGGACGUGAUUUUCUCCCUCGGGGUUCUGGUAUCGUUACUAGGCGUCCGUUGGUUUUGCAACUGCACAAAACUGAUGAAGGCACACAGGAGUACGCAGAGUUUCUCCACAUGCCCAAAAAGCGGUUUACUGACUUUGCUGCUGUAAGGAAGGAGAUCUCAGACGAGACGGACCGAAUGACUGGACGGGGCAAGGGAAUUUCGGUUGUGCCAAUUCAGCUUAGCGUUUAUUCCCCCAAUGUUGUGAAUUUGACUCUCAUCGAUCUUCCGGGACUUACAAAAAUUGCUGUUGAUGGCCAAUCCGACAGCAUCGUGCAAGACAUUGAGAACAUGGUCCGGUCAUAUAUUGAGAAGCAAAAUUCUAUCAUUCUUGCCGUGUCUCCAGCGAAUCAAGAUAUCGCCACUUCAGAUGCUAUGAAGAUUGCUAGAGAAGUGGAUCCUACUGGAGAGAGGACUUUUGGGGUCCUUACCAAGUUGGAUCUGAUGGACAAGGGGACAAAUGCCCUUGAUGUCCUUGAAGGACGCUCCUACCGUUUACAACAUCCGUGGGUAGGAGUUGUGAAUCGUUCCCAGCAGGACAUCAACAAGGAAGUGAACAUGAUAGCAGCAAGACGCAGAGAGCGAGAAUACUUUGCAACCAGUCAAGAUUACGGUCACCUGGCCAGCAAGAUGGGUUCUGAAUAUUUGGGGAAAGUGCUCUCCAAGCAUUUGGAAGCCGUGAUCAAGUCCCGUAUUCCUAGCAUCCAGGCUAUGAUUAACAAAAGUAUUGACGAGAUCGAGAUGGAGCUGAAUCAGAUCGGCCGGCCUCUUGCAAAUGAUGCAGGGGCUCAGCUGUACACUAUCCUGGAACUUUGUCGGGCCUUCGAUCGAAUCUUCAAGGACCAUCUGGAUGGAGCACGCCCCGGUGGUGAUAAAAUAUACGCGGUGUUCGACAAUCAACUGCCAGCUGCUUUGAAGAAGCUUCCGUUCGACAAGCAUCUGUCUGGGCAGAAUGUGCGAAGGAUUGUUUCGGAGGCUGAUGGUUACCAGCCCCAUCUUAUAGCUCCGGAGCAAGGUUACAGGCGGCUAAUUGAAAGUUCGCUGCAAUUUUUCAGGGGCCCAGCGGAGGCAGUAGUGGAUGCAGUGCAUUUCAUUCUUAGGGACCUGGUGCGAAAAUCGAUCGGAGAGUGUUCGGAACUGAAGAGAUUUCCAUCACUCCAAGCGGAGAUUGCUCAAGCAGCCAUUGAGUCGUUAGAGAGGAUGAGAGAUGAGAGCAAGAAGACCACUUUGAGGCUGGUGGACAUGGAAUCCAGCUACCUGACCGUGGACUUUUUCCGAAAGCUGCCGCAAGAGAUUGAGAAGGGUGGAAACGCUGCUGCCGCAGCUAACGACCGUUACACGGAUAACCACUUGCGGCGCAUUGGUUCCAAUGUGGCAGCGUACGUUGGCAUGGUUUGCGAUCAGCUGAGGAACUCUUUGCCCAAAGCUGCUGUCCACUGUCAAGUUCGAGAAGCGAAGAGGUCAUUGAUGGACCACUUUUACACUCAAAUAGGCAAGCGGGAGGGAAAGCAAUUGUCAGCGAUGCUGGAUGAGGACCCUGCUUUGAUGGAACGGAGAGUUCAGCUGUCAAAGAGACUGGAGCUUUACAAACAAGCCAGGGACGAGAUUGAUUCUGUUGCCUGGAAGUAGUUGGGGGGUCGUACUUAAUUUAUACCUAUUUCAUUACUGAAUGUUGCAUUUAUUCAUAGCAGCUCUUUUCCCUUGGAGAACGAUAAUUACAGUUACAUCCAAGCCCUCAACUCCCAGUUGCUGAAUUACUUCUAGAUACGUUGUGUUCACGGCUAGAGCUAUCUAUUUUUGUGGAUCGAACAGGUUGGUGGUGACCUCUUCAGCAUAUCUAGUUUGUGGUCUGAACUGGGUUGGGUAACUAUUAGGGCCAAGCGCAAGUAGAUCUAUUCAUUCAUCUGGGUGUCAAACAAUAUAUACUGCAGUGAAAGUAUUUGUUUGAGCCCGUCAUUUGCCUAUGUACACGAUUGUUUACAUAUUUACCAGUCGGCAAUCUGAAAUGCGUCAACAAUAUUUAUCUCUCA